GUUUCCCUCCUACUUAUCAAUAUCCACCGAUAGUUCCAGCUCUCGGCUUGGAUCCCUCCUCGCGACGACGCAUCUAGUUGUAUUGGGUACCUCCGUUUCUUAGCAGUGCUUGCUUCGACAUGGUGGACUGGACGGGCACGCCAGAACUCGCGCUCGAUGCAGAAGUCUACAUGAAGGUCAAUGUCUCGUUCUUUGGUUUGUAUCUAUGGGAGCUCUUCCAGACCUGCGAUUUCGAGUGGUCCCUCGUCACCCGUCGCCGCAAAUUCCAGUGGCCUCUAGUUUUCUUCUUCCUAUGUCGCUAUUGCCUGCUGUGGUCCUUGAUCGGGGUCAUAGUAUCGUUCUCAGUCAGGACAUCGAUUAAUUGCUCAGCUUUGUACACCUUCAAUUCGGUCGUUGGGCAUCUCGCCAUUAUCGGAGCGUCGACGACUUUGAUGAUCAGAACAUGGAAUUUGUGGCAGCGUAAAUGGGCCGUUGUCAUUCCUCUCAGUGUGUUGGCCGUCGUUCACUGGGCCUUGCUCUGGCGCGGCAUGUUCCUUUUCACCGCCACUUGGGAGCCAGCGUCUGCCACCUGUGUCGUGACCGCUGCAGAUGCCCGAUUUCUACAAGUGACAUUCUUUUACACGAUGGGCUUUGACUUUAUUCUUCUCUGCGUGGGAGGCUUCAAGAUGUUUUGGGACUCGAACGAUCGUGCUCUCAACACCUGGAACCUCUUGUUCAAAGACGGCCUUGUUUUCUUCGUGGUCGCGUUUGCAGCCAACAUCCUGCCCGCGGUCUUCAACAUUCUGAAUCUGAAUCCAAUUAUGAACGUCAUCUCGGCAGUACCCGCUGGAACCCUCUCGGCGGUCGCCGCAUGCCGCACCGUCAUUCAGCUACAGGAUCCUAAUGACAGCGACGCCUAUACACACCAGGCUGCGGUCAUCGGUGGAAUGAACCCUCUCUCCAGCCGACACGGUCAACACCAGUCGGUAUUCACCCCCGAGGUACGCGUCAAGACCGAACAGAUCGUGAUGGACGACUUUGGCACAUCGGCUCCAGGAGGCCCCUACGAGAGCCGUCGAUCCCUCGAGUCCGGCAAGAGCUCGCAUCUUGAUCCAAUGAAGGGCAGAGCUCUUUAAGAUCGGGUCCUUUCGACCCAAACGCAAAUAAAACGAGAGAGAAUGAGUGUUACUUGGUUGACAUUUUUUAAGUUUUGAUUCUUCACCUCCUCUCCUGCGGGCUCUCCCGCAUGGCGCUCGCCCUCGAUUAUGAUAUUGAUACCAUUGCUGUACAUCCGUUUUCACAUUCUUUUUCCCCGACACUACUUAAUAGUAGCUUACUGGCUUGCCAAAAUGUAGGUUUCUAGCCAAGGCCGUAGCAAUGGCAUUCGCGGACCUAGUGUCCUUUUUCGAAUGUUC